UCUAGUGGAGCCACGAUGCGGCUCCAGGGAGCAGCCCUGCUCCGGCUCCUGGCCCUGGCCAUGCUGUGGCUGCUGCCCUGGCCGUGGCUCUGGCUGGGGCUGCUUCCCGUGCUGCGGCUCCCGUGGCUGCUCCGGCGGCUCCCGGAGGCGCUGGCCCACAGGUUCCCGGCCUGGCUGCGCUGGCUGCCCGAGGACUUGGCCUUUGUGGGCCAUCUCCUGUACGUCAACGUGGUCCACAAGGGCUCUUUCCCGUCCUUUGUGGACAUGCUCGAGGAGCGGGCCCGGGCCCGGCCAGACCGCCUGCUGGUGGUGGACGCGGUCUCCGGCCGCCAGGUGAGCCUGGGGGAGAUGGACCGCCGGAGCUGCCAGGUGGCCCGAGCUAUGGGCGCAGCCCUGCACGGGCCCGUGGGGCUGAAGGAAGGAGACGUGGCCGCCCUGUUCUUCCUCGGGCCCCAGGGCAUCUCUGCCCUCACUCUCUGGUUCGGCCUCAGUAAACUGGGCUGCCAGGUGGCCUGGAUCAGCCCCCACAUCCGAGGGCCCCCCCUUCUCCAUGCUGUGUGCAGUGCUGGGUCCUGCGUCCUAGUGGCUGACCCAGAGCUACAGGAGGCCGUGGAGACCAUUCUUCCAGAGCUGACAGCCAAGGGCGUCAGGUGCUUCUACUUGAGCUCCACCUCCCCCACGAAAGGUGUGGAGCCCCUGCAGGACCUCAUAGAGGCAGCCUCCUCGGAUCCAGUGCCCCGCCAGAUCCGAGCUGGAGUCACCAAUAAGACCGCGGCUCUGUACAUCUAUACGUCUGGAACCACUGGGUUCCCCAAGCCAGUGAUCUUUAACCACUAUCGGAUCUUCUUUACAUCGGUGACACUGAGAAGUUGUGGAGUCUUGCAGAAUGACGUCGUCUACACAGCCCUGCCUCUUUACCACGCUGCUGCCUUGCUGGUCUGCAUCAUGGGCAGCCUAGAGCUAGGGUGCACCUGUAUCCUGGCCCCAAAGUUCUCGGCUUCAAGGCUCUGGGAUGAUUGUCGGAAGUAUCAGGUGACAGUCAUUCAGUACAUUGGAGAGGUCCUUCGCUACCUGUGCAACACCCCUGUGAGAUCCUGUGACCAAAAGCAUCGGGUACGAUUGGCCAUAGGGAAUGGUCUGCGGCGAGAGGUCUGGAAAGAGUUCCUGCAGCGCUUCGGCCCCAUUCGAAUCUGUGAGGUGUAUGGUUCCACAGAGGGGAAUAUCGGUUUCAUUAACUACAUUGGACGCAUAGGGGCUAUAGGCAAGAGCAGCCCCCUACUUAAGCUGCUCGCUCCUUUUGAGCUCAUCCAGUUUGAUACGGAGACCGAGAAGCCCAUUCGGGACAAGAAGGGUCGCUGCAUCCCAGUGGGGCCUGGGGAAACAGGGUUGCUGGUAGGGCGGAUCACCAGCUUGUCCCCCUUCCUGGGCUACCGUGGCUCAGCGGAGCAGACGGAAAAGAAGCUGCUCCGGGAUGUCCUGCAACCAGGGGAUGUCUACUUCAAUUCUGGGGACUUGCUGUCCAUGGACGUGGAUGGCUUCCUCUACUUCCAAGACCGCAUUGGUGACACUUUCCGUUGGAAGGGAGAGAACGUGGCCACACGGGAGGUGGAGGGUGUGCUGUCCUCGGUGGACUUCCUGGAGGAGGUGAAUGUCUACGGUGUUCCUGUACCUGGUUGUGAGGGGAAGAUCGGGAUGGCGGCUGUGCGGCUGAAACCUGGGAAAGCAUUUGAUGGCCAGAAACUAUACAACUUCAUCCAGAAGGCGCUCCCAGCCUAUGCUGCCCCUCACUUCAUUCGGAUCCGAGACUCCCUUGAGAUCACAGGCUCAUUUAAGCUCACUAAGUCUCGACUGGUUGCCGAGGGUUUCGACUUAAGUGCCAUCCCCGACCCUCUGUAUAUGUUGGACAGAAAAUCUGGGACCUUCCAGCCAUUGACUCCAGAUAUGCACCGUGCCAUAUUGGAUGGAAGCCUCCGACUGUGAAGCCUUUGCUCUACACCUCAAGGCAUUCAUAAUGACUCCUGACUCAAAGUUCCUAAGCCUCUCCCCCAGGGGACACAUGCUCCCUACCUAACUCAAGCCUCGGAUUGUCUCUGUAUGGCUGAUGGAAGGGAGGGAGGCAAAGAAGGAAUGCUUAACCAUUUUAUAGACAGUCAUUUGGAGGAUAGCUUUUCAGGAGCGGGCCAAUUGAGUGGGGAAGUAGAGGCAGAAUGUCUACUGAAUUGAUCCUCUUUGGCUUCUUGAUCCUCGUUUUGGUGAGAGCAUCCCGGUAGCAGCUUCCUUAUGCUCCUCAAGCAACCUCACAGGAAUCUCUGUCUUGGGGACAGCCUGGGGCAACCCUGGGGAGAUGGGGGUGGGGGAGAGAAACUGUCUUUAAACUAAGAAGUCUAUGAUCUAAUAUUUCAACACAGAGAGAAAAAAGGGAGAGGAGGGAGGGGACAAUGAGAAGGAUGCAGGUGACGUGAAGAGGAUGGGAAUGAUGGGGAUGAAGAUGUUGAGAAUGGGAAUGCUGCCCCGACAAAAACUGGCAUUUCUCUAGUGCUUUGGUUUUUGGUUGCAAAGUCCUUCACGUGCAUAACUCAGACGUACACACUGUAUAUAAAUAAUUGUCUCAAUAGAUUUAUGACUUUUCCGAUGA